GCCGGCUUCCGCAGACGGCGCUGGUGGGGGAUCGUGAGGUGCCGGAGGUCGCUCCCGGCGGCCGGAGCCAUGGAGAUGCCGCUGCCGCCCGAUGACCAGGAGCUUCGAAAUGUCAUCGACAAGCUGGCCCAGUUCGUGGCUCGCAACGGGCCCGAGUUUGAGAAGAUGACGAUGGAGAAGCAGAAAGACAACCCGAAAUUCUCGUUUCUGUUUGGAGGCGAGUUUUACAGUUACUACAAGUGCAAGCUGGCGCUGGAACAGCAGCAGCUUAUCUGCAAGCAGCAGGCCCCAGAGCUGGAGCCAGCCGCUGCCCUGCCAGCCCUGCCACAGCCCCCACUGGCCCCUGCUGCACCCAUCCCGCCGGCCCAGGGAGCCCCGUCCAUGGACGAGCUCAUCCAACAGAGCCAAUGGAACCUGCAGCAGCAGGAACAGCACCUGCUGGCCCUCAGACAGGAGCAGGUGACGGCGGCCUUGGCCCAUGCAGUGGAGCAGCAGAUGCAGAAGCUCCUGGAGGAGACCCAGCUGGACAUGAACGAGUUUGACAACUUGCUGCAGCCCAUCAUCGACACGUGCACCAAAGAUGCCAUCUCGGCCGGGAAGAACUGGAUGUUCAGCAACGCCAAGUCGCCGCCACACUGCGAGCUGAUGGCCGGCCACCUCCGGAACCGCAUCACCGCGGACGGCGCACACUUCGAGCUUCGGCUGCACCUCAUCUACCUGAUCAACGACGUGCUGCACCACUGGGCCCUGACGCGCGGAAGGUCUCUCCCUCACAGCCAGCGCAAGCAGGCCAGGGAGCUGCUGGCCGCCCUGCAGAAGGUCGUGGUGCCCAUCUACUGCACCAGCUUCUUGGCCGUGGAGGAGGACAAACAGCAAAAGAUCGCCCGGCUCCUGCAGCUGUGGGAGAAGAACGGCUACUUUGAUGACUCCAUCAUUCAGCAGUUGCAGAGCCCAGCCCUGGGGCUCGGCCAGUACCAGGCAACUCUCAUCAACGAGUACUCCUCAGUGGUCCAGCCAGUGCAGCUGGCCUUCCAGCAGCAGAUCCAGACCCUCAAGACGCAGCACGAGGAGUUUGUCAACAGCCUGGCCCAGCAGCAGCAGCAGCAACAACAGCAGCAGAUCCAGAUGCCACAAAUGGAAGCUGAAGUCAAGGCCACGCCACCACCGCCAGCCCCGCCACCGGCCCCCACGCCUGCCCCGGCCAUCCCGCCAACCACCCAGCCUGAUGACAACAAGCCUCCCAUCCAGAUGCCUGGCUCCUCGGAGUAUGAUGCCUCAGGAGGGGUCCAGGACCCUGCUGCCGCCGGCCCCCGGGGCCCUGGGCCCCACGACCAGAUCCCGCCUAACAAGCCCCCAUGGUUUGACCAGCCUCACCCCGUUGCUCCUUGGGGCCAACAGCAGCCUCCAGAACAGCCCCCCUACCCGCACCACCAAGGCGGACCUCCCCACUGCCCACCCUGGAACAACAGCCACGAGGGCAUGUGGGGUGAGCAGCGCGGGGACCCUGGCUGGAACGGCCAGCGCGAUGCACCCUGGAACAGCCAGCCCGACCCCAACUGGAACAGCCAGUUCGAGGGCCCCUGGAACAGCCAGCACGAGCAGCCGCCCUGGGGAGGUGGCCAGCGCGAGCCGCCCUUCCGCAUGCAGCGGCCACCGCACUUCCGAGGGCCCUUCCCGCCCCACCAGCAGCACCCGCAGUUCAACCAGCCACCACAUCCCCACAACUUCAACCGCUUCCCGCCGCGCUUCAUGCAGGAUGAUUUCCCCCCGAGGCACCCCUUCGAGCGGCCACCCUAUCCUCACCGCUUCGACUACCCCCAGGGGGACUUCCCUGCUGAAAUGGGACCCCCUCACCACCACCCUGGCCACCGCAUGCCACAUCCUGGGAUCAAUGAGCACCCGCCCUGGGGUGGCCCACAGCACCCUGACUUUGGCCCUCCUCCCCAUGGCUUCAACGGGCAGCCCCCACACAUGCGGCGACAGGGCCCUCCCCACAUCAACCAUGAUGACCCCAGUUUGGUCCCCAACGUGCCCUACUUUGAUCUCCCUGCUGGGCUGAUGGCCCCCCUCGUAAAGCUUGAAGACCACGAGUACAAGCCUUUGGACCCUAAAGACAUCCGCCUUCCGCCCCCCAUGCCACCCAGCGAGAGGCUGCUGGCGGCCGUGGAGGCCUUUUACAGCCCUCCCUCCCAUGACAGACCCAGGAACAGUGAAGGCUGGGAGCAGAACGGCCUCUAUGAGUUCUUCCGAGCAAAAAUGCGGGCCCGACGGAGGAAAGGCCAGGAAAAGAGGAACAGUGGACCCUCACGGUCUCGGAGCAGAUCCAAAAGCAGAGGGCGUUCCUCCUCUCGCUCCAACUCGAGGUCCUCCAAGUCGUCUGGCUCGUACUCGAGGUCACGGUCACGCUCGUGCUCCCGCUCCUACUCCCGCUCGCGCUCCAGGAGCCGCAGCCGAUCCCGCUCCUCACGAAGCCGCUCCCGGUCCCGCUCCCGCUCCCGGUCCAAGUCGUACUCCCCAGGGAGGAGACGUCGGUCACGGUCCAGGAGCCCCACCCCGCCUUCCUCGGCUGGUCUGGGUUCUAAUUCAGCACCUCCUAUACCUGACUCCAGGCUUGGGGAAGAGAACAAAGGACAUCAGAUGCUGGUGAAAAUGGGCUGGAGUGGAUCUGGUGGCCUCGGCGUGAAAGAGCAAGGGAUCCAGGACCCCAUCAAGGGCGGGGACGUGCGGGAUAAGUGGGACCAGUACAAGGGCGUGGGUGUGGCCCUGGACGACCCCUAUGAGAACUACCGCAGGAACAAGAGCUACUCCUUCAUCGCCCGCAUGAAAGCCAGGGAAGAGUGCAAGUAAGUGCGGCCAGGAGCCAUGCCAGCCGCCGGCAGCAUGGCCGGCGGGACCUGCCUGGCUUAGGGGCCAUGGAACAUGGUAGGGACAGCUCGGUUCUCACACAGCCUCCAUCUUGGGGGAGCGACAGAAGAGGAGGACAGCCACAGCAUGCAUAGUGACCGGUGCCAUGCUCGACCACGUGGGCGGCCCAGGCAACCAC